AUGUCCGCGUCUCACUACGACUUCCUCAUUAAGCUGCUCCUGAUCGGAGACUCAGGCGUCGGCAAAUCAUGUCUGCUCCUGCGUUUCUGCGAUGAUUCGUGGACACCUUCCUUCAUCACCACCAUCGGUAUUGAUUUCAAGAUCAGGACAAUUGAGAUGGACGGAAAGCGGAUCAAGCUGCAGAUUUGGGAUACCGCCGGCCAAGAACGUUUCCGGACCAUCACCACCGCAUAUUACCGAGGCGCGAUGGGUAUCCUCUUGGUGUACGACGUCACAGACGAGAAGUCAUUCCAGAACAUCCGCACGUGGCACGCCAACAUUGAGCAACACGCCUCAGCAGGCGUCAACAAGAUCCUCAUUGGCAACAAGUGCGACUGGAACGACAAGCGCUCAGUCACCCUCGAACAGGGCAAGCAGCUCGCGGAUGAGUUUGGGCUGCGAUUCUUGGAGACCAGUGCGAAGGCGAAUGAGGGGGUCGAGGAGGCGUUCUUUGUGCUUGCUAGGGACAUUAAGACUCGUCUGAUUGACUCUCAACCGGAAGCAGCCGCCCCAACAACUCUCGGCGCCGACAAGCGCAGCGCAGAUCUCAACAAGAAGGCGCAGGACCAGCAGACUGGGUGCUGCAGCUAG